AUGUCGGUAAAGAGGCAAAAGAAAGAGAGGAAACCAAUCUUGAUCAACGCAUUUGAAAUGUGUUGUCCAUCGUUGCAAGCACCGGGACUCUGGAAGCAUCCGCAAGACAAGUCUAGGGACUACAACACUGUCGAAUACUGGACCAACUUGGCCAGGCUUUUGGAACGAGGUAAAUUUAAUGCUUUAUUUCUCGCGGACACUUUGGGCCCUUAUGACGUCUACCAAGGGCCAAGAAACAUCACGGCCGCAGCUACAUCCGGAGCACAGUGGCCAGUUAAUGACCCGGGGGCAAUUGUCCCCGCCAUGGCAGCUGUUACUAGAAACUUGUCGUUUGCCGUAACUGCUAGCACCAUAAGUGAGGCCCCCUACCAUUUUGCCAGAAGAUUGGCCACUUUGGACCAUUUAUCGAAAGGCAGAAUAGGCUGGAAUAUCGUGUCGUCUUAUUUGGACUCGGCCAGUAGAAAUUUACUAAAUGGCGAGCCAUUGCCUCCUCACGACGAACGAUAUGAGAAAGCCGAGGAGUAUUUGGAAGUUGUUUACCAAUUGUUUUUAUCUUCAUGGGCCGAUGACGCAGUCAAGGUGGAUAGAGAAAAGGGUAUUUUUGCCGAUCCCGAAAGGAUCAGGGAAAUCAACUACGAAGGCGAGCAUUUCAAAGUCCCCGGCCCUUUCAUCUGCGAACCUAACCCAUAUCAAAGGUUGCCAGUGAUACUACAAGCUGGCGCUAGUCCAAAAGGGAUGCAAUUUGCUGCACAGAAUGCCGAAGUUGCAUUUAUCCACGGUGGGUCCCCUGAAAAUUUAAAGAUUAAAAUUGAAAAGUUGAAAGAGAUGGGCAAAAGGAGUGGCAGAAAUCCAGAUAACAUCAAGGUCUUGCAGUUGGCGACUGUCAUUGUUGCGCCAACUCGCGAGGAGGCAUUUGCCAAGUUUAAGGAGUACAAGCUGCUAGCGGAUAAAGAAGGAGCGCAAGCGUUAUUCGGUGGGUGGACCGGGAUCGAUCUUAACCAGUACGACUGGGAGCAGGAACUUACUGAGGUAGAGAGCAAUGCCGUGAGGAGCACGACCGAAAGAUGGACAAAGACGUUGCCCGGUGAUCCGCCCAAUUUGAAAAAGACGCGAAACUAUGUUGCUGAUUCCAUUUCUCUCGGUGGUAAUGGCGUUGUUCUCGUUGGAACACCGGCAGACGUAGCCGACGAGUUGGAGAAUUGGGUGGAUGUAUCGGGAGUCGAUGGGUUCAACUUCACUUAUGCUAUAACCCCCGGUACUUUUGAAGAUAUAGUUGACUUGCUCGUUCCUGAAUUGCAAAGACGUGGCUUGGUGUGGAAAGAUUAUCCAAAGGACGGGUUGACGUUUCGAGAACAGUUGAAUGGGUUAGAAGGCGAGGAUCCGUCCUUUUUACAGCCUGACCAUCCAGCUUACGGAUUGAGAUGGAAGGGGGAAGAAUCAAGAGAGGAAUUUGAGGAAAAGUUGAACAAGACGUUGGAGGAGAGAUUUGGGGGCAAAUAG